AUGAACAGGGUGGUGAGGCUGCCGAGUGAGGCAGAGCUGUGGGCCUGGGAAACGGAGGACGAUGACAUGGCAGAAGGCGACUUAGGGUAUGGCCUUGGAAGAAGGCCCGGCGGUAUUUACGAAGUGCAAGUUUCACGCCUGUCGACAUCAAGAAAAAGAUCUGAUGGCAAGAACUUCAGCCCACCCCCACUUCCAGGACAGGGGGAAGAAGGAAGUGGCGCCAUUUUUCAGUAUUCCAGGCAUAAGGGCUUGCAAGAUACAUACCUUGCAGAGCCCAGAACUUCCCACUCCAGGCAACAGAGUAGCAGUGAUUCUAAUUCAGAAUUGUCAAGUGUAGAAUUGAAGCGACGUCUUCAGGAUACUUUAGAGGAGGUAGAAAUUUUAAAAACUGAACUUGAGGCAUCUCAAAGACAACUAGAAGGUAAAGAGGAAGCACUGAAAAUUCUUCAAAGCAUGGCAGUUUUUGGCAAAGCCACAAGUCACACCCAAAUGAUGCUGCAAAAAACUAUGGAACGAAAGAGAUCCUUGGAGAAGGAAAUAAAUGCCUUGCAGUGGGAAAUAGAGUUUGAUCAGAAUAGAUUUAAAAAUAUAGAGGAAUCAUGGACCCAAAAAUAUGACAGGCUUAACUGUGAAAAUGCAGUCCUCCAAGAAACUUUGAAUGUAAAAACAGAAGAAAUUAAAAUGCUCAAGUCGGAAAAUGCACUUUUAAAUCAACAGUAUUUAGAGGCCCUCGCCAUGCUUGAUGUCAAACGGCAGAUGGUGGCUCCAGAAAACGUGUGCCGUGAAAAAAGUGGUUUUACAGAGGUUUCAGGUCUUGAGCUUGCUGUCCUCGGAGCCUGCCUUUGCCAUGGCCCUAGAGGGAGUCCCUGCGAUUGUGCCAAAAUGGCGGCAUCUGCUCGCAAAAUGCUUCUUAAGCUCAAACAAGAGUUGGGACUUUUGCAGAAGAGUAAAGAAGAAGCUUACAUAAUGGCAGAUGCAUUCAGAAUUGCAUUUGAGCAACAAUUAAUGAGGAAAAAUGACCAGGCACUAAGAUUGACACAAAUGGAUAAAAUGUAUAAAAAAGCAACAAAAUGGAUAAAUUGGAAGCACCUUAAGGAGGAUGGAUUACCAUCACAAGGAAGUAAGAAGACCUUAGGGCAGAAACUGCUGGGGAUGCUCCCAUCAGAAAACAGUUCUAAGAAGACCGAAGACCAGAAUAACCCUCAGGAGGUCUUUGAGAUGCUAACAGAGUUGUUGAAUGAUAAAGAAGAAGCUCUGGCUCAUCAAAGAAAAGUUAGUUACAUGCUUGCUCGGGCACUGGAAGAGAAAGACACCACCUCAAAUGAAAAUAAAGAAAAAAGUCCCGUGAAAGACAAUUUUCCAUUAAAAAACCUCUGGGGGAAAUCUUCAGAAUUCCCUGAACUGCAUGAUCCUGUAUAUUCAAGUGUUCAAAUUUUAAAUUCUGCGGGCUGCAUCUGUUCAAUCCAACACCUUCACAGAGAUCAAAACUGCACAAGAACUGUCAAAAGAUCCUGUUCUUUGCCAUCAAAUAUCAUGUUUUGA